AUGGAGGACCAGUUGGUGCAGCUUCUCUCCAAUACCCAACUGCCCGACCAGGGUCCCAGACAACAGGCCGAAAUCGAGCUUAAGCGCGCCCGAACGAAUCCCGCCUUUCCUCUGUCCCUCGCAAACAUCGCUGCCCAUACUUCGAUUGAAACAAACAUCCGACAGUCUGCUCUCACCAACCUGAGACUCUUUAUCGAGGACAACUGGAGCACUGAUGAGCUUGACGAUGAGCCUCAAAUCCCUAUUUCCGGCGAGGCCAGGGGCCAGCUGAAGCAAGUCCUGCUCGACUUGGUUCUGAGCCCUGAGGAGGAUCGCAAAGUAAAGAUCUCUGCCAGUUACGCAGUCGGAAAAAUUGCCAUCCACGACUUUCCCGGAGAGUGGCCUACCCUUCUUCCUUCGCUAUUGUCCGUUGUCCCAACUGGCACCGACGCCCAGCUUCAUGGCGCUUUGAGAACACUCAACGACAUAAUUGAGGAGAGUUUGAGCGAGGACCAGUUCUUCUCCAUGGCCCCGGAUAUCGCCAAGGCCCUUGCCGAAGUCACUUUUAACGAGAACCGAAAGCCCAUGCACCGAGCCCUCGCCAUUUCCAUUCUCCGAGGAUGCUUCGAUCUUCUCAACAUGAUCAAGGAGGACCACGGUAAGGAGGUCCGCACAUUUGCUGACGGUCUCCUGCAACAAUGGAACCCCUUCUUCGUCACUGUUAUGAAGAGCCCUCUCCCUGAGGCUAACCUCGCAGAUGGCAUCCAGCCUGAAUCCUGGAGCCACAUCAUCGCACUUAAGCUACAAGUUGUCAAGACUCUCAUUAGAAUCCGACGCGUUUUCCCUAACCUGCUGGUUUCCCAGAGCACUGUGUUUUUCAGCGCAGUGUGGGAGGAGCUCUCCAAGCUGCAAGGCGCCCACGAGCAGUUGUACAUCCUGCAGGAUGCCCAGGGCCGUCUAGAGGACUCAGACAACCUUCCUUAUACACUGGACUUCCUCAUUCUGGAGGAGCUAGAUUUCCUGAACCAGUGCUUUAGGGCUCCACCGGUACAGGCCGAGCUGGAUGGCCACCUUAAAGCCCAUCAAUCCGCAGCGCAGGUUCCUUGGAUGAAAGAGAUCAUGACCAUGCUUAUUGGCUAUUCUCGCGUUACCCGGGAAGAGGAGGAACUGUGGGAUAUAGACUGCUCCCUGUACCUUGCCGAGGAGACUUCCGUGACUGCUAACUACACUGCACGAACUGCUGCCGGCGACCUGUUGAUCAAGAUGGGAGAGUGGUUCGACCAGAAGACCAUAGAGGGUCUCUUUGGACAGACACAGCCACUUUUCGGCAACGAGGGCUCUGACUGGCGUCACCAAGAGGCGGCACUCUACCUCUUUGUCAUGCUGGCUAGCGAUUUCCAAGACAUGAACAAGCCAAUUCCCGAGGAAGUUGCCCAUGCCUAUCUUGUGCUGGUCGACUAUGCAAUCAACAGAGUUGAAGAGCCUCUGCUCCGAGCCCGAGGCUACCUCGUGGCUGGUAUGCUUUGCCGAGCCUACCGAACUCCCGUUGAGCUGUUGGAUCGUAUGAUUGCCUCAAUUACGCAGGAGGAAUCAGAGGUCGUCCAAGUCGCUUGCAUCAAGGCCCUCGAGGGGCUCAUUAACCAUGGCCAGGUGUCUGAUGACAAGCAGGUUCCUAUCAUCAAUGCCAUCCAGAGCUACAUGAACGGCAAGGACCCCAGUGACAUGGAAGAUGCCGACGAACUUCUUGUUACCCUUUCCGAGUCUCUCCGUGCUGCUAUUACCCUGAACACACGUAUCGCUCUCUCUGACGAGGUUCAGUCCGUCGACCUCCUCUUCAUGCUUGCCAAGCUUGGCGCCAGCAACUUUCAAGUAACGAUGCUGAUUUCUGAGGGUCUCGAGGAUAUCGUUACUGCUCUGUCGGAUACCCAAUCUUACACUGCCCUCUGCGGAAAGCUUCUGCCCACCUUGACCGGUGCCUUCGAUGUUGCUAACCUCACUGAGGACAACCCUCUGGUUACUGUCGCCAUCGAAUUGUUGGCUAUUCUUGCCGAAAACGGACCCGAGCCUCUGCCUGCAGGCUUCGUUGCAGCUACUUUCCCCAAGGUGAACCGUCUCCUCAUGGAGUCCACCGAGGGCGAGGUUCUCCGGCCCGGAUCCGAGGUUGUGAAGUGGAUGCUUCAGCACGACUACCAGCAGGUUCUUGCUUGGGAAGAUGCCAACGGACGUUCUGGUCUGGAGGUGUGCCUGCACAUCAUCGACCGACUUCUGGGUCCCUCUAUCGAGGACAAUUCGGCUUCUGAGGUUGGUGGUCUGGCCGCCGAGCUUGUUGAGAAGGCUGGUUCUGAGCGCCUUGGUCCUUUCCUGCCCCAGCUUCUUCAAGCUGUCGCCAACCGACUUGCUACCGCACAAGCUGCAGCUUUCAUCCAGUCACUCAUCCUUGUGUUUGCCCGUCUCACUCUUUCUGGGGCCAGCGAGGUGGUCGAGUUUUUGAGUCAAAUCCAGAUCAAAGGCGAAAGUGGCCUACAGGUCGUCAUGGCCAAGUGGCUAGAAAACUCUGUCAACUUUGCUGGAUACGAUGAAAUCCGUCAAAACGUGAUUGCCCUAUCUAAGCUCUACUCCCUUAACGAUUCUCGCCUGGCACAAACCCAGGUCAAGGGUGACCUGAUCGUAAACAACGACGACGGUCUUAUCAAGACACGUUCACGUGCGAAGCAGACCAUGGCACCAGACCCCGACCGAUACACCAUCAUUCCUGCCUCUCUUAAGAUCGUCAAGGUCCUCAUUGAGGAACUUCUCUCUGCAUCCGGUCAACAGGCUGCUGCAAACGCGGCCGCUGCCGCUGUGGCAACCGCCAGCUUCGAGGACGAGAACGACGAUGAGGGCUGGGAAGACGACGACGAUACUCUCGACCUGAGCCUGGGAACCACCAAGCAUGAUCUCAUGUCCUUCAUGGAAGGUGGACAGCGACAGCGCGAUGACGAGACACAAAAGUACCUCACCGAGUUCUUUAUCCGCUGCGCCCAGGAGAACACUGCCAACUUCCAGGAGUGGUAUAACAUGUUGACAGACGAAGAAAAGGCGAAGCUCAACGAGGUUGCCAACUCAGCAGGACAAUAG